AUGGCUGCGGGUAAACGCCGCGUUGCCAGCUUGGUGCUGUUGAUGAUUAUUUGGUGGAGCAUCGUCUCUGCAGCGGAAUCGCAGUGUGAAGAGCGAAAUGACUAUUCACGUAAGCGACCGUCUCAUAAACCGUUUACCUCUCACCAGAACAAGCAAGAUCGCUCUUGCUCUUCUCCUCUACCUUCUGAAUCCUGCUCGACAAGCGCAAUCACGCCAUCUGAUUCAGCCGUGCGCGACACCUCGCUCUCCAGACGUGGCUUACCCGGCAUGCCAGGCGACAUCGAAUGGAUGGGCUUCUACGGCUCCCUCCUCGCUGUCCCCACGAUGCUCUCCAUCCUCGGAAUCAUCACCAACUACAACCUCGGUAAAUCCUACUACAACUCGGAGCUCAAUGCGCAGUACUACAAGCAGUCGCGCGAGAUGUUGCGCGCUCACACCGCCAAGUUGAUCCAGGAUCAAGAGAAAAAGUUCGCAAAUGCCGGAGUGAGCUGGAAUGGCAUGGUGUAUGGGAAAGAUGGACAGGUGAAUCCGGGUGCGAAACUGCCAGAGUGGAAUGGAAGGGUGUUGGGUGGUACAGUAGCGAACCCGAAGUCGCAGCCUGUGCCGGGUUCCGGUGGCGCUGUUCAGGGAGCUGCCGCUGGAGUUGGAGGAGGGACCACAGCAGGAGUGGCAGCAGGAGCAGGGGCAGCGAGUGCAGGCACUGGGCCUGCUCAAGUGGGAGGGGCAACAGCAGGAGGGGCAGGCGCAGAAGCACAAACGGGAACCGGAGCAAUAGCAACGGGGACGGGAACAGGAGGAGCUGGAGAUGCCGGAGGAUCUGCACCUGUUAGCUCCGGAGCCGAACAAGGUGACGCGGAAGCAGGAGACGAAGCUCGGGGAAGCGAAGAACGAGGAGACGAUGGCACAGAAGAUCGCCGAGGAGGUCAGUCCGAGGGAGACGACGACUCGGACUCAGACGGUAACGACGAAGGCGAUGCUGGCGAUGCUGGCGACGCUGGCGACGCCUGA